GCUACCACCUUCGACCGCCCGCGCCACCAUUCCGACCUCAACCCCAGCCGGCGACUGCAGUGGUCACCGUGAUUUCGCAUAAGACGUCCGCCCACGCCCAGCACACCCUCCCGAACCUCGUCUCCACCGCCAGCAGAAGGAGAACGUACGCCGUUUUGUGGGCCCUACAAUAACACCGUCUGGGCUUCUAGCCCGCGAGACACCUGCGUCUCAGCCUCCAAACUCUCUCCUUUCGACACCUGCGUCCCAGCACCGAGCGAUCCGACAACACCUGCGACCAUGGCCGCCCCGACCAGCAGCAAUCCCCAGAGCGCCACCGCGAAACCGAUCGCCUCCCCGGUGCCCUCCACCUCCACCGUUUCCUCGCUACAGUCUGAACCCAACGGAAACUUUGCUCUCCCGCCUCCUUCCAACGCUGCCGCGAACGGCACGCCUGUCAAUGGCGAAGGACUCCCCAAGAAGAAGCCGACUAUGACCUCGCGCAUAAGCGGCAUGUUCAACCGGAGAGACGAUAGUAGAGAGGCUUCAAGAGUCUCGCUGGUGGAGAAGAAGGCCGAGCCGAAACCCGUCAACGGCGCGGUGGGGCGCCCGCAGCCGUCGCGCCAGGCCUCGGUUUCCAAGAAGGAAGGCACACCUGCGCCAUACAAGCGCUUCUGGACAAACGAGGACGGCACCCACGAGCAUCACCUCAAGGUUGCGAAGCGGCAAGAGAAGCUGUCCGACAUGUUCCAGAGCCUCAUGCUGGGCAAGAAGAAGGAAGGACACCACGAUGAGCAGCCGUUGAGCUUGAUGGCAAACUGGGUCGAUGUCAUGCGCAACGAAAAGGAAAAGCUUGCGGAGCAGAAGAACUCGGCCAAUAACACGUCGCAGACCCUGGUGCAGAAAUACGGCAAGUGCCAGGAGGUGGUUGGUCGCGGUGCAUUCGGCAUCGUCCGCGUCGCACACAAGACAGACGCAAAGGACCCGAAGCGCGAACAGCUCUACGCCGUCAAGGAGUUCAAGCAACGUCCUGGCGAGUCUGCCAAGAAGUACCAGAAGCGCCUGACUGCCGAGUUCUGCAUUUCAUCAUCAAUGCAGCACCCGAAUGUCAUCAACACACUCGACCUUCUGCAGGACGACAAGGGCACUUACUGCGAGGUCAUGGAGUACUGUUCCGGGGGCGACCUGUACACUCUCGUACUCGCUGCGGGGCAACUCGAGGUUGCCGAGGCCGACUGCUUCUUCAAGCAGCUCAUGCGGGGUGUCGAGUACAUGCACGAGAUGGGCGUCGCGCAUCGCGACCUCAAACCAGAGAAUCUUCUAUUGACUCAGCAUGGCUCUAUAAAGAUCACCGAUUUCGGCAACGGCGAGUGCUUCCGCAUGGCGUGGGAGAAAGAGGCCCAUAUGACCGCUGGAUUAUGUGGCUCUGCGCCAUACAUCGCUCCUGAAGAGUACGUCGAUCGCGAGUUCGAUCCUCGUGCCGUUGACGUUUGGGCUUGCGGUAUCAUCUACAUGGCAAUGCGAACCGGACGGCAUCUCUGGCGAGUGGCACAGAAAGGCGAAGACGAAUUCUUUGACCGCUAUCUCGAGGACCGGAAAGAGGAGGCCGGAUAUAGGCCGAUAGAGGUGCUGCGACGGCGCCAAUGCCGCAAUGUUAUCUACUCGAUUCUUGAUCCGAACCCCACCCGUCGUCUCACGGCCCAUCAAGUUCUCUUCUCUGAAUGGGUCAAAGAGAUCAAAGUCUGCCAUGCAGGCAACGAAGGCUUCUAGAAGAAGCGCCUCGGCCCGGCCGGUCCUGGUCAUUCUUGGACAGCGCAGGCGUACUCUUCAUCCUCCCCCUCCUUGCUCUA